AUGCAAGAUUCCUGCAUCCAGUGCGGGCCAAACUCGCGCACCCUAUCCACGGGCGCAUCCAGGGCGCUCGACUGCCUCUGCCUGCCCGGGUACUACGCGUCGUACCAGGGGGGAUGCGUCUCCUGUCCCCGGGGUUCGUACAAGGACUCCCUCUCCAACGACCUCUGCACGCCUUGCGACUUCGGCACAUACCUGGGCUCGACGGGGGGGACCGCCGCGAGCGACUGCGUCCCCUGUGCGGUGGGGAGCACCACGCGCGACCAGGGGCAGUUCUCGCCCUUCAGCUGCGUGUGCGACGUGGGUUACACGGGGAAGGACGGGAGCCAGGCUUGCACGGCCUGCCCUUCCGGCAAGUUUAAGACGACGAUGGGCUCCGACCCGUGCGAGAACUGCACGGCGUACUCACCCGAGUGCGACACGUGCGACGUCAACCAGGUCAUUCAGUACAGCUUCAUCUGCGAGGACUGUAACAACUUCCGGUGCAUCACCUGCCCGGAGGGCACGUACCGCUCGCAGCGCUUCGGGCUGUAUCCCUCCUGCUACACCUGCCCGGGCAACUCUUCGAGCCCCGCCGGGAGCACGGCAAUCACCGACUGUGUCUGCAACGACGGCUUCACAGGGGUGAUCACCUCCGACAGCUCCGUUUGCACCCCGUGCUCGCUGGGAAGCUUCGCCACCGGCGGGGGUCCGUGCAAUCCCUGUCCCGACCCCUACUUCUGGACGGACGGGCACGCUGGUUCGAUAGAUGACUGCUUCUGCAGAUACGGCAGGUACAAAGUCGUCAUUGGCAUCUACAGCCACUGCCAGGAUUGCCCCGAUGGCCAGUUUUCCGUGGAUGGCCUGACCUGCAGCGCCUGCCCAACUGGCUUUGUCGGGGCGACGGGUUCCGCGGGCUGCGUCUGCCCGGCCGACUACUACUCCGGUUACAACAGCAUCGUGUACAACAUGAUUACAUUCGAGGGCUUUUGCUCGCGAGGCGUGAUCUCCUCCCCCGUGGCCCAGUUCUCGGUGCAGUCCUCGCUGAACGAGCGCGGCCUGCGGUGCUCUGUGACCAUCAGGGGAUCUUUGACCGAUUCUCUGGUAUCCAUCGAGAACAUAAUCCUGAGCUAUGGCAGCGCCAAUCGCUUCGUGAUGAGCUACUCGGGGCACGCGGCCUGCGAGGGCCUGGAGACCUACAGCGCUUUGUCCUUCACGGGUGUGGACAUCUCCGGCUUCCACUUCCUCAAGAACGAGGGCACGAGAUGCAUCCGGGUGGAUAUCUACAAGUCGGACCACAGCGAUAUCAGCGUGGACUUCAACAUCAAAUCCAUUUGCAAGCCCUGCCCCGCCUUCAGCUCGCUCGCGGCGGGGACAGUGGACCAGACCUCCUGCAGCUGCAACUCUGGGUACGUGCUGUUGCAAGGAAACUGCUACCUCUCGACCUGCGCGGCAGGCACCUACGUGGUGCAGAACAGCUGCGUCAACUGCCCGGCCAACACCUACAAGACGACAUCGACGGCGCUCUACAGCGACUGUCUGCCCUGUCCCGCGCACUCCACGUCCCCUCCCGGGAGCACUUCGCGGUCGAUGUGUUCCUGUAAUGCCGGCUACUUUGGCCUCUCCGCGCAGGGGGAGUGUGAGGACUGCCCUGCCGGGACCUACCAACCCAGCGCGGGCCAGACGGUGUGCGAGUCGUGCUCUCCUGGAUUCACCACGGAGGUUAUCGCCGCAACUUCAGAGGAUGACUGCCUGUGUCCUCCGGGGACCGGGCAAGAGAUCGACGCGGUGCUGGGCGCUGUGUGCAGGCCAUGCCCGCUGGGGACGUACAAGGCCGUGGCCGGGGCGAGCGGGUGCAGGGAAUGCCUGUUAACGAAGACGACACUGCAGACCAGCUCCACAAGUCCCUUCGACUGCGUUUGCCUCCCCGCCUUCCAGCCCGACGUCGCUGGCAACUGCUAUCCCUGCCCCGAGGGGCACUACAAGGCAGAGGCCGGCAACUCCCCUUGCAUCCCCUGCGUCAACGGGGUGAUCAGCAGCGACGGAACGGCCUGCAUCUGCGCGAGGGGGUACGCAGGGAGCAGUCCGACGGGCACAGAAACCUGCACGGCCUGCCCCGCGGGAAUGAGCAAGCCCUUCACUGGACCAGGGGAGUGCAGCGCCUGUCUCCCGGGCCAGUACUCCCCAAACCCCGCCUCCAGCGCGUGCAUCGACUGUGCCCCGGGCUUCUUCUCCCCGGGCAACGUCUCCUCCUGCACCCAGUGCCCGUUGAACACCACCACCGGCUCUUCCGACCGCUCCAUAUCCGACUGCGUCUGCACCGAGGGUUACGGGGGGAGCGGGCCAUGGGGCUGCCGCGCCUGCCGCCCCGGGGAGUACAAGGAAACGAUCGGCAACCUCCCCUGCACGCCCUGCCCCAACGAGGGGGUGUUGGGACCGGAAGGGAGCACGACCGUUCUGAACUGCAUGUGCGGGCCCGGCUACUCGCGCGAGGGAGACGGCACCUGCCAGCCCUGCCAGGCCGGGCGCUGGAAGGAGAGCACCGGGGAUGCGGCCUGCACGCUCUGUCCGCCCAACAGCUGGAGCCCCGAGGGAAACGUCAACAGGAGCUCGUGCUACUGUCUCCCGGGCUUCUUCACGGCCUCCCCGGGGGUGUGCGUCGAGUGCCCGACGGGUUUCUACAACGAGGAGAACGGGGUGGACGUCUGCAAGAGGUGUCCGCCAUUCUCAUGGAGCAUGCUGGGGAGCGACGAGCUCACGGACUGCCUGUGCUACCAGGGGUACUACUUCUCCGCCGGGGAGUGCUUGAAGUGCCUGCCGGGCACAUUCAACCCCUUCAACGGGAGCACCUUUUGCCAGGACUGUCCCGAAGGCUCUACCAGCCUUCCGGCCUCCACGCGCCUUGCCAAGUGCUUCUGCCCCGUCGGUAAAACCGGGGGCAACGGGGCGGUCUGCACCGACUGCGACUUUGGGUCGUACAAGGACAUCAACGGGUCUGCAUCCUGCUCGCCCUGCCCCCUCGGUCUCAGCACGCUGUCCACGGGCUCUACCUCCCUCCUUGACUGCGUCUGUGCCGUGGGGUACCAGCUCGUCAAUGGCAGCUGCGCGGAGUGCCCGUUCGGGACUUACAGGGACAGCCUCUCCCAGCCUGCCUGCGUGGACUGCCCUUCCGGGUUCGUCACCUCGGCGAAAGGGGCAACGUCGAUCCAGCACUGCGUCUGCCCGGCGGGACAGGCCGGCAGGAACGGGAUAAGCUGCUCCCCGUGUGUGGAGGGGACGUACAAGCAGUCCUUCUCCCGGGCGCCGAUCGAGCGGUACACCCCUUCCCUUUCGUUCCAGCCGUCUACCACCUUGGUGGCACCACCCGAGACAGUUCGCACGGUCGCCGCCUCCUUCUAUGCCGAUGUGGUCUUCCCCGCAAGCCCUCCCCGUUCCACGCUGUUCUCCUUUGGGGGUGCUGCCAUAGGGCUCUGGGCGGGGAUUAUUAGGAGCACCGCCCCCAUCACGAUGCGGGUGAGGGUGGGUAACGCCACUCUAUCUAUUCAUCCCGGGAGUGUCUAUGAAGGCCUUGCCUACAUGGACUUCCAGCCCCCCACGGACGGGCUGGCGCACCAGCUGUAUGUUUCAGUGAGGGUCACACCAGGCGAGGUCCUCGUGUGGAUCGACGGGCAGUUUUCCGGCCGUGGGGUGACGAAGGGACUCACACCCCUCUCCUCCUUCCUGUGGGCCGACAGCGGGGACGGGUCCUUCAUCUCCGCACCCUCGUCUUCCGUGCCAUCCGGUGAGCCCACCGCGGCGUUUCCGGGAUCUGCGGUGUCGGCCUUGAACUACUACAACCCCGACCGCAUCCCCACUUUGGAGAGUGCCGUGUGCCUGCCCUGCCCGCUCGGGGCGGUGGGCCCGGAGGAGAGCAACUCGGCGACGGCCUGCACGUGUCCUCCGAGCUACAGGUCCGUCUACGCUGCGGAGGGGCUCGUCGGUUCAUGCAGUCUCUGCGAGGCCAACACCUUCCUUGCCAACCCGGGUGACAUCAGCUGUACACCGUGCCCGGGAAAUCGGACAUCACCAGAGGGUAGCGUAUCCGUCUUUGACUGCUCCUGCCUUCCUGGAUACAUUGGCCAGCCCGGUCAUGCCUGCGUGGGCUGCAACCUGGGGACUUACCGCCUGAAUGAGACCCACUGCGAGCCCUGCCCCCCGUUCAGGACCUCUGAUUUUGCCGCUGACUCAGUCGACGAGUGCUACUGCAUCCCGGGAUACUUCCUGGGAUCUGGGAAGUGUGAGCCCUGCGCUGCUGGGACCUACUGGGACUUGGGGAUAUGUAGAUCCUGCCCUGACAAUGCAGAUUCACCGGAGGCCAGCGUGGAUAUCACGCGCUGUUCUUGCAACCCCGGGUACACUGGGAGGAACGGGGAGGAGUGCGUCCCCUGCAACCCUGGAACUUACAAGCUCGGGUCCGACCCUGGCAUCUGUUUCAAUUGCCCGAAAAACACUGUCUCUCCUCCUGCGAGUGGAUCCGUCCUGGAUUGCGUUUGCCAGGCCGGCUACACCGGGGCGGAUGGGGCGGAGUGUGCGGCGUGUCAGGCGGGCAAGUUCAAGGCAUCCAUAGGGAGCGAAGACUGCACCGGUUGUCCUGGUGGAUCGACCUCCCUGAUCGCCUCGAUCUCACCGCUGAACUGCACUUGCAAGCCCGCGUUUCAGCCUACAGAAUCCGGGUGCGAGCCUUGCCCGAUCGGGACGUACAAAGACAACAGCCUUAACCAGCCCUGCUUCACCUGCCCUCGCAACUCCAGUACCGUCGCGGUGGGCUCGGAGUUUAUCACCGCCUGCCAGUGCGUGGGAGGGUACGUCGGGGAGAGGGGCGGGCCGUGUGUACCCUGCAAUUCCUCUUCCUACAAGAUCACGUACCUGACGUGCCAGCCGUGUGGGACGGGGCAGUACUCCCCGCCAGCAAGCGACUCGAUAGAAUCCUGCGUCUGCGGCGAGGGCUUUUACCCGGUUCAGGAAGGCUGCGCGCCCUGCAAUCCGGGGGCGUUCAAGAAUUGGGUGGGGGACGACGCUUGUGAGAUCUGCCCUGAAAACACCACCACCCUGAACUACGGUUCCGUUUCUUCAGAGUCCUGCACCUGCGUACCGGGCUUCCACCGCUUGAACGAAGGAAGCGCCUGUGAGAAGUGCCCUUCGAACACAUACAAGAAUGUAUCCGGAGAGACAGGCUGCAGCCCCUGCCCGCAGCACUCCACCUCUCCAGCGGGCUCUGUCUCCAUACAAGAAUGUAUCUGCGGGGACCGCUUCACCCGCUUCGGCGAUAUCUGCAGCCAGUGCGAGGCGGGGUUCACCUACAACAACAUCACUUUCGAGUGCGAGAAGUGCAGCGGGCAGCGCACCACCGUCGAGAACGACGUGAAUCUAUACCAGUGUUACUGCCCGGCCGGCUACCGCUUCAGCCAGCCCCCCGGGACGUGCCUUCCUUGUCGCUUUGGAGAAUUCCGCCCCUUCUCGCCGACGGACUCUUGCAGCCUCUGUCCGCCUAACUCCACCACGAUCAUCGCGGCAAGCCCCACCGCCGAAAACUGCGUCUGCCUGCAGGGAUUCACCGGCCAGGCCUCCUCCUGCAGCCUCUGCCCGGCCUCUACCUACAAGAACGCGACAGGGGCCGAGCCCUGCACCCCCUGCCCAAACAAUUCGGUGUCGAAUCUCGGAUCCACCUCCCGCUUCCAGUGCCAGUGCCUGCCGGGCUACACCUCCCCCGCGGGCGUCCUGUGCCAGCAGUGCGGGAACAACACCUUCAAGGAGGGGCUGGGCAACCUGGGAUGCAUCCCCUGCUUCGACAACUCCGUGUCACCGCCCGGCAGCAACUCGAGCGAAUCCUGCAUCUGCGACGCCGGGUCCUACCUCCGCGCCCCGAGCUUCUGUGACUCGUGCCCGCUGGGGACCUACAAGGAUGCGAUAGGGAAUCAGGAUUGCAGGGACUGUCCGGGCAACACCAAGACAGUCAUCUUAGGUGCAACGUCUGUGGAGGUCUGCGUUUGUGUGCCUGGUUACCUGUACGAUCCCGACGUGGGAGACUGCGUGGAAUGCCCGCAGGGAUUCUUUCUCGACGGCUCCGGGGGGAUCUGCACACGAUGCCCCGAGAACAUGACCACAGUGGCAGCGGCGAGCGCCACGCCCAACUCCUGCCGCUGCAAGCCUGGCUACAGCCCGGAUGACAACGGUGUGUGCAAGGCCUGUCGUGCCAACACUUACAAGGGCAGCGUCAGCCAGAAUCCCUGCACCCCAUGCCCUGAAAGAACGGUAUCGCCUGCGGCUUCCACGGAUGUAGACAUGUGCGUCUGCGACCGCGGUUACACCAGCCUCCUCGGGCUCUGCGUGGCGUGCGAUGCGGGCAAGUACAAGGACUCCACGGGAAACCAGGCCUGCACGCCGUGCCCGGAUGACUCUACCAGCCCCCAGGGCGCGGCCAACGUCACACAGUGCCGCUGCAACCCGGGCUACGAGGGCAACAGCGCCGUGGGCUGCACGGCCUGCCAGGCUGGCUUCUAUAACGACGACGGGCAGGUGUCCUGCAAGCGCUGCCCUACCAACUCCACCAGUCCCCCGGCAUCUCCGCUGCUCUCCUCCUGCGCGUGCAUACCUGGGUACUACGGCCAGAACGGGGUGGACUGCGAGGCAUGCCCAUCCGGGAAGUACAAGUCCCUGACUGGCGAUUACGCCUGCUUGCCGUGCCCAGACGACUCCGACAGCCAGCCUGCAAGCGCCUCGCAGUCCCUUUGCCUCUGCAACCCAGGCUUCUACGGGCCUGGAGGUGGGCCUUGCGCGCAGUGCGAUGCGGGGAGGUACUCCAGCGGGUCUGGGUUCAGUGCUUGUCUUUCCUGCCCGGAACACUCCAGCUCCCCUCUACAGUCGGACUCUCCCCUCGAUUGUGUCUGCAACAGGGGUUUCAUUGAAUCCACCCGGGUCAACGGCGUUCCUACCUGCACGGCCUGCCCUACCGGGGAGUACGAGGAUAGCGGGAGCUGCCUGCCUUGCCCUGAAAACUCCACCAGCCUCACCCAGGCGGGAGUGGGAGUUGCAGCCUGUAAGUGCCUCCCAGGAUAUACCGGCCCGGACGGCGGGCCCUGCUCCCCUUGCCCUUCCAACAGCUACAAACCAAACCACGGGGAGUUCAGCCGUAUGAACCUCCUGAAUCAAUCCUGGGCGUUUCCAGCGCUGUCCACUACGGUAUAUGCAGCAGAUAAGGCAAUGGACGGAAGCACGGCCACCUGUGCGGAGACCGGGGUGGAGAGUUGUGCAGACUGCUCGUUGACCGGUAUCGACGUCAGCGUAGGCAACUUUACCGACUUUACUGUCAGUCCCUUCUGCGGGAGCUACAUCUCUCUCGCGGGUGGGGCACCGAUCACAUUCGCGUGCUCACUGGUUGGUUCCUUCUUCACCCCCUACCUGGCUUCCACCACCUUGGACGACUGCCAGGAAUGUCCAACAGGGAGCGUCAGCCCGGCUGGGAGCACGAAUGAAGACACCUGCGUCUGCAAGCCCGGCUUCGAGCCAGGGUCUUCUAGCUACUGCCAGGAGUGCCCUAUGGGGUCCUUCAAGGCCAUCACCUCCAUGCUCCCCUGUCAGGCCUGCCCGGAAGACACCUACCAGCCCAACCUGGGAGCCAACCGCUCGGCUUCAUGCCUUGUCUGCCCCGACCACUCCUUCUCCUCGGCAGGGUCGGUGGCCAUCUCCGAGUGCCUCUGCGACGUCGGCUACGCGAGGGUGGGGGACACCUGCUCUCACUGCAACUUCGGUUUCUACAAGGACACCACCGGCAACGGAGCCUGUACAGAGUGCCCCACUCACACCACCACCCCUACGAUCGCUUCCGCCUCGCUGGAAUCCUGCGAGUGCCUCCCGGGCUUCGAAGCCCCAACCCAUGGUGUGGCCUGCACGGACAUCGACGAGUGCAGCGCUCUAGCAAGCCCCUGCCCGCUCAACGCCUUCUGCACCAACACGGUGGGAUCCUACACUUGCACCUGCCUCACGGGCUGGUACCCCGUCAUCGGGCAGUGCCAGGACGUCGACGAGUGCAGGCAGGGAACCGACACUUGCGACAAGAACGUGAGCUUCUGCGAAAACACCCAGGGUUCAUUCAUGUGCUUUUGCAAAGAAGGCUACUACUACAGCCUAUCCGAAUCUGCCUGCGUAAACCUUAACGAAUGCGCCGCGGCGGUAGCCCCCUGCCCGAUCAGCUCCGUCUGCACCGACACGGUUGGAAGCUUCGAGUGCAACUGCAUUGAAGGCUACGGCGAAGACCCCGAGACGGGACUAUGCAUCAACCUCGACGAGUGCGCGGGAAACCCUUGCUUCGAAAACUCCAUGUGCAUCGACCUCGAUGGAUCCUACCGCUGCGAGUGCAAGCCCGGCUUUACCUUCGACGCCACCAACACCUCCUGCCUUGACCACGCCACCUGCAGCAACACCCCCGGAAGCUUUCUAUGCACCUGCAACGAGGGCUACCGCGGUCCGGGUUACUACUGCGAGUGCGCCAUAUGUGUCGACUGCCCCGCCGGCUCCUACUGCUUCAAUGAGACGCAGUUCUUGUGCCCUCCCUUCUCGACCUCCCCUCCCAACUCGCAGAGCAACUUCUUCUGCACCUGCUUCGAUGGCUUCUACUCCACCAGCCUCUUCACGACGGAGUGUCUCCUCUGCCCCUCGGGUUUCAGCUGCUACGACAACGGGAUCUACAACUGCACAGAGUUCAGCACGAGCACGACGGGGUCGGGAUCCUGCGUGUGCGACCCGGGCUACUACGCCGACCCCAACUCGAUCCGGUACAAAUGCCUGACCUGCCCGGAGAACUUCUAUUGCGAAGGCGGGUCGAACAUUGCCAGGUGCCCGCUGAACCGCUACUCCCUCCCUGCGACCAGCAACGCCUCCAACUGCUUCUGCGCGGCGGGCUCCUACACCUCCGCCUCGGGGGAGUGCUUCGACUGCCAGGAGCUAACAUACUGCCCCUUCGGCACCCCGGAACCCUUGGACUGCCCAGCCAACACCUACUCCGCUGCCCGCUCCUCGUCCAAGGCGGACUGUCUCUGCGAGGUCGGGUACGGGUCUUACAACAACUCCGACUGCCGGCUCUGCCCCGCGGGGUACUGGAAGGACUUCCGUGCGACGGUGCCCUGCUCUCCAUGCCCCGGUAACACCUACCUUCCCGAGAUCGGGACGGUCAACGCAAGCGAUUGCAGGGCUUGCCCCGCCAACUCCACCUCCCCCAGCGGUACUCCGCUCAUCUCCCAGUGCCUAUGCGUCAGGGGCUACUACCGCGAGGGGGACGCCUGCCUGUCUUGCCCGGCGGGCUUCUACUCCGACAACCUCAACCAGUUCACCUGCACCCCUUGCGGGGACAACCAGUACUCCACCGUGAGCACCUCCCCCAGCGCCUCCAACUGCGUCUCCUGUACCGGGAACAGCACUAGAGUCGCAAUCGAUGUUGCUUCCUGUCUCUGCAACCCUGGGUUCGCAGGUGGUAUUCAUCAAGGGGGUCUGACUUGCACACAGUGUGAGAAGGGAUACAGCAAGGCCACUUUCGGUAAUGUUUCAUGCACUAUCUGUCCAAACAACACCUACGCGGACGAGCGGGGCCUUUCGGCGUGCAAGACAUGCCAGCCCAACUCGGUCUCCCCGCCAGGCUCGGUCUCCCCAUCGGAGUGUCUUUGUGAGCCAGGGUACGAGUACAACUCCGGCGAGUGCCAGAUAUGCAGACCCGGGACCUACAAGGUCGGCUUCGGCAACUCCGCCCGCUGCCUGAAGUGCCCGGAGGAUACAUUCCUGCAAUCCGACGGGGGUUCUAGCAUCGAUCAAUGCAUACGAUGCCCUUCCAAUGCAAUCUCCAGGAACGGCUCCUCGUCUGUAUCAAACUGCAGCUGCGUCCCGGGUUACUACGCCGUGGACGGUGACAUCACUUUCGUCUGCCGGGAGUGCGGGCCCGGUUACUAUGCCGCGCGUUACAACCAGAGCGUCUGUGAUGCCUGCCCAGCGGGAACGUACUCGGAGGAUCUGACAGCUGUAGCAGAGAGCGACUGCCAGAAGUGUCCCGAUAACACAACCAGUGAUAAUCAUACAGGGAAUAUCACAGGAUGCCGCUGCACCCAUGGUCACUUCGGCAGGAAUGGGCAGGCCUGCUCUCCCUGUCCUGUCGGAACCUACAAAGACGCGCAGGGUGAUCUGCCGUGUGAGAUCUGCCCGGAUGACCGCUACUCCGACACCCUGGCGGCGGUUUCCGUAGGGUUCUGCCUGGAAUGCCCCUCCCACAGCACGAGCUUCGAUUCCAUCAAGGCCACCCUCGCGGCAUGCCUCUGCGACCCUGGCUACACCGGGACCUUUGGGAAUUGCAGUGCGUGCAUACCCGGGGGAUACAAGACAACCUACGGCUCCGCGGAAUGUACGCCCUGCCCGAACAACACCUACAGCACCACCCCCGCUGCCAUCUCGGAAGACUCCUGCCAGCCCUGCCGUGAGAACAGCAUCUCUGCGGAAGGAACAGCGGUGGAGCUGGGUUGUCAGUGCCUGGGGGGCUUUGGGUACGUAUCCGGGAAGUGCACAAAGUGCCUGGAGGGGUACUACAAGGAUACCGUCUCCAACCGCGUCUGCGAAGCUUGCCCCACUGACACUUACAACCCGCUGAACCAGUCCUCUCGGUCCUCGGACUGCCUCGCCUGCACCAACUUCUCCUCUUCACCGGAAGCUUCCACCAGGAAGACCGAUUGUGAAUGCGACGACGGCUAUGGUGGGCCGGACGGUGGGCCCUGCGCCGCCUGCCCCGAUGGCUUUUUCUCCAACGCCUCGGAAACGGCCUGUAUCGAGUGCGGGUUCGGACAGACGAGCCUUUCCGACCGAUCUUCGUGCAGGCCUUGCCUCUCAGGCACUCAUGGACCCCAACCCGCAAACCCCUUUUGUCCGGAAUGCUUCCCGGGGAGCUACCAGGAAUAUUCCGGCCAAAGCUUCUGCUCUCUGUGCCCGAUCGGGAAGGCAUCCAGAGCCGAAGGCUCCAACACCUCCCUCACCUGCCAGAACUGCUCGGCGGGCUACCACGCCCCAUCCCCCGGAACAUCCUCUUGCCUGAUCUGUACAGGCGGAACAUACUCGCUUGCAGCAUCCGGGGAGUGUAUACCCUGUGACCAGGGCUCGGUCUCCCUCCCCGGCUUCAGCGCCUGUCUCCAGUGCGUGCCGCAGACCUACGCAGACGCCAACGCCACCCACUGUGAGGACUGUGAAGAAGGCACCUACUCCGAUUUUGGGUACACCUCCUGCAUCAGCUGCGAGCCGGGCUACCGCCUUGACUUUGGACUGCGGGAGUGCAUUGGCUGCGACAACAACACUUACUCCAAUGAGUUCCGCCUUGUCUGCCGCGACUGCCCUCCCAACUCGACGAGCCCUGCACUUUCAGGCAGCGUCUUCGACUGUGUCUGCGCAGAGGGCUACGAGAUCCAGCUCGUCGCGGGGGUCUACCAAUGCGUGGCCUGCCUGGUUGGGCACUAUCGGGGUCCCGGCAUGCUCUUCUGCGAGCCCUGUCCCCCGGGUUACUUUGGAAAUUCUCCCGCCUUGGCCCAGUGCGAGCCCUGCCCCGCUGGCUUCUACGAAGACACCAACGGGUCCUCCGCCUGCAUUCCCUGUGACUUUGACACCUACCAACCCAUCAUAGCCGCCACCCGAGCCGAGCAGUGCCUCCCGUGCCCGGCCAACUCCAUCACGUACAGGGCCGCGGCGGAGUUCCAGUACGACUGCCGGUGCGUCCCAGGGUACGAGUACAGACUGCAGCCAGUAGCGUCGGGGGGCUACGACAUGGCCUGCACGGCCUGCCAACCCGGAAAGUUCAAGGAUAGCACGCUGAACGAAGCCUGCCGUCCCUGUGAAAGGGGGUCUUACGCUGCCGGGAAUGCUUCGCUGUACUGUGAAUACUGCCCACUCGGCACCUCCGGCAUUGCGAAGGGACAGACAUCCUGUCCUCCCUGCAAGGAAGGCUACUACGCCUCGAACUCGAUCGAGGUCGUUUCAGGCUGUGUCCCCUGCCCCUCCGGCAUGACGACGCUCUUCACGGGUAGCCAGAGCACGGGAAGUUGCCGCUGCCUCCCGGGUAACACCCCGGUCGACCCGCUGGUGCCCUUGAAGGGCUGCCGGACCUGCUACCCUGGGCAUUACAAACCCGGCGUCAGCAACCUUCCGUGCUCCUCCUGUGAUUUCAACACGUACCAGCCCGAGUACGGGGCGGUGGAUUCCAGCAGCUGCCUGUCUUGCCCCAACCACUCCCUAUCGCUCUCUAGCACGGCGAGCAUCGAUGGUUGCAUCUGUGAGUCGGGAUACGAGAGGAUCGGGGAGGACACAUGCAGUCCCUGUAGUCCUGGAAAUUACAAACCCUCUCUGAGCAACACGGAGGUGUGCGUCCCGUGUUCGGUGGGCUACUUCUCCGAAUUGCCCGCUUCUUCGUUCUGCACUCCGUGCACAGCCAUCGGCCUCUACACUACAACGGCAACCAGCGCCUCCAACUCGAGCGAUUCAUGCAAGUGCAUACCUGACUAUGGCCUUGCUUCCAUGACCAAUGCUACGAAGACCUGCGUCCCCUGCGGUGCACUCUCUUUCAAAAAGGGACUGGGAGACCAGCCCUGCCAGUCCUGCCCUCUCAGCGACAGCAUCGCAAAGCACUACCUCGUCACCGACUACUCCUGCCUAGCCCGCUGCGACCCGGGCUACAUCCUCGAUGAGGCCUACGACGCGUGCCAGCCAGAGUCCAAGCUCCUCUCCCCUGUCACUGACGAUCUGAUCAUCACGAACGUCUCCGGGGAUGGGUUCCAUGACGCUAUCAUCGGGAGUAUGCUGCUAAGACACACCUCCGGGACAUCCAUCCCUGUCCUGUAUGUUUCUAGGAGCAUCCCAAGAGUCGAAUGCAAGGCAUGCUGCCUCUCCGAGAUCCAAGGUGAUACUUCCGAAGAACUCCUCCCCGCCUCUCUCUCCGUCACGUACCAGACCUGUCCCAACGGGACUUGCAACUGUGAAGAACUAGAGAAUGCAUUCUAUGACAAGUACGUUCCCUACGGACAGGACACGUACGGGUUCAUGACCCUCUCCCCUGCUUACGGCGGGCUCUAUCGCUUCUCCAUCGACGCCGCCGCGCUGGAGCCCGUCGUGAACUGCACGCCCUGGGGUCAGGGGUGGCUGAACUGCAGCUUCUACAUUGCGGCCACGUUCAUCCAGGUAGACUCCACCCUGUCUGCAACGUAUCACACGGUCUACCAUAGGGUGAGCUACAGUCGUGGCGUUUCGGCCUCCGUGUCGGUAAUCCAGAAGGUGCAGCCGGGGAUGGUCUCCUACCUCUCCCUCUCACUGUACCGGUUCGCAAGCUCGAACAUGUACGCCGCCCGCUUCGUCUUCGGGGGAGACGAGGAGCUGCUGGUAAGAGCCCAGGCCAUGACCUACAUACUCCGCUAUGGCGGCUGGAAGGGGUGGGAUGUCAUCGAUGAGCAGAGGAUAUGCGCAAGCCUGGCCCCCCUCCCUUCAUGCUGGUCCGGGAGCCCGGUACUCCACGGCGCAGUCGUCAUCGACCAGAACACGGCCGGGGCCCAUUGCGAGAGGCUCUUCACCUGGCGGCCGGGUUGGCCGAUGUACGUCAUCUUUCAAACACCCCAGCUUGCCAAUGAGUUUGAUACAGCGAGGGGGUGGCCCUCACAGGGAAAUUCCUGGAAACCUGCACGGCGAGCCUCGUCUCGGUGGACGAAAGGAAGCUCCCCGCCGCCUUCCGCUUCGGGCUGA